AUGCCCUGCCUGAAGAGGGUUCACUCGGCGUACGAAUACGCUGGGAGCCAGGACCCGACCAAGAUGAGUCCUGAAGUUUUGGGGAAGGCGGAAGUGCAACAGCUGCUGAAUGAGCUGUUCAACUUUGCAGACGAUAGCUUUGUCCGGAGUGGUGAUCGGAUGCAGGCCUUCAAGCUUGGACGACCAGCUCCUAAGAUUGGAGACAUUGACCGGUGUGCAGUGUACAUAUCACUGGCACCCGGCAUGGAGAAUCCCGUGGGAAUGGACCCGCCAGAGGACGACGCUGCUGAGUGUCCCCAAUACACCAGCAGCGAUGAGGAGCAGAACCGCCCCACCCCGACCACCGAAGGCAGAGUGGUGGGAAAAAGGCCGCUGGUGGUGGAUCCAUCUCCUGCGGAGACGCUACCGGCGGAGGGCAGCAAGGCGCCAAAGCGCCGUCGUGCGGCAUCGGACAUCGACCCUGGCCACAUUGCUGGCCAGAGGGCAGCCGAGCCUGUUGCUGCCGUUGGGGACGCCGCGCCGCAGACCACAGAGCAGCCCGCGGUGACAACCACGGCUGAGAGCACCGAGGAGCAUCCGGCCCCGGCAAGGGCCGCGGCGAGCACCUCGACGAGGAACGAGGAGGCUACUAGGACGCCUCCCCCGAGUAACGUUGUGGAGGAGGGAAGCAGAGCCCCGACUCCACCACCAGCCGAAGAAAGGGGAGUCCCGAUCCCGCCCCGAACAGGGGCCUCUUCGCCCGUAGGCUCCCCUGGCCUGGACCAGGGUCCAAUGAUGCCUGCGACCACGGCCGGUGGCAGUGCGGCGAACGAGGAGACCCGGACGGCCUUUGACGAUGACGUGGAGGAGAUCCAAGAGGAGGCCACGAGGGUGGAGCGCGUGGCAAAGCGUCUUGUGGACGAGGUUAAGGGCGCAAUGAAAAUGGCGAAGUACCAGAAAAGGUGCUUCGACUAG